AUGUGGCCGCCUUGUAGAGGGCCCAGAGGUCUUGAGAGCGCCUACCAGCAUGUUCGAGGUUUUUUUGGUUUGAAGGAUUUGGCCGAUGCUAAUAGGACAAAGAAGAAGAAGAAGGUAGUGAAGACCGUGAAGGCUGGUGCACCUUCUUCCUCGGCUGCGAUUGCAGGAAAAACUUUGCCCAUGGUCUCGUCUUCGCAGGCUCAGUUGACCGCGGAUCUGUCUGGCACAAUGGUUGUGGCAUCGAUUCCUCUGACGCGGGGUGCUGGAAAGAGUUCUCUAGAGCAGGACGCUCCAGUCGCCAAGCGUGCCAAGGCAAAUACCUCUUAUGCGAAGGCGGGGAUCAACGUGGCAAGGCCGCGGAGCAGCCUGACUAGUCAGAUUCCAUAG